AAGCUGGACAUUUUCUCUCUCCCCUGUUUCGUUUUUAACUCUCCGAAAAUCUCUUCGAGGCCCGAUUUAAAUCCCUCCCAUUCCCAUUCCCUUCUCUCUCACUCUCGCCACCACCAACUCCUUUCCAUUUCCCCUCUCUUCUCAUUUAUUCCUCCCCACUCUCAUUUCUCUCCUCCCCCUUUAUUAUUUCCCCUCGCGAGAAUGCGUUGUUAGCCUCUGAGAAGGGACAGAGAGGAGAGGAGAGGGAGAGGGAGAGGGAGAGAGUCGUCCAUGGUCGAUUGUUCUUCAGUAGCAAGAACAAGAACCCACAUUGCAUCAACCCCGGCAAGGGCCAGAACCAGGACCAGAACGGCCAUGGCUUCUUCUUCUCCUUGUCUGACUGCUGGCGAGAGAAGGCACUGGUGGCUCACCAACCGAAAGGCCGUGGGUAGGUACAUAAAGGAAGCGAAGCAUCUGAUGGCGAGCCAAGAGCCGAGCGAGAUCGCGUCGGCGCUGAGCCUCCUCGACUCUGCCCUCGCCCGGUCGCCUCGGCUCGAACCCGCCCUCGAACUCAAGGCGAGGUGCCUCCUCCAACUCCGGCGGUUCAAGGACGUCGCCGACAUGCUCCAGGACUACAUCCCCAGCCUCAAGCUGGCCAGCGACGACACAACGUCGUCGUCGACGUCGUCCUCCUCCUCGUCUUCGUCGUCGUCGUCGUCGGACGGGUCGUCGCAGCAGCUGUCGAGGGAGCGGGUCAAGCUGCUCUCGCGCCCCGGGUCGCCGAGCCGAGAUCCGAGUUUCAAGUGCUUCUCCGUGUCGGACCUGAAGAAGAAGGUGAUGGCCGGGCUGUGCAAGAACUGCGACAAAGAAGGGCAGUGGAGGUAUUUGGUUUUGGGCCAGGCGUGUUGCCACUUGGGCCUAAUGGAGGACGCCAUGGUCCUCCUCCAGACCGGGAAGCGCCUCGCCACGGCGGCCUUCCGCCGCGAGUCGGUCUCCUGGUCCGACGACAGCUUCUCCCUGUUGGACCUCCCGAUCCCCGCCGAGAUCGCCUCCCCAAACAUCCUGCCCGGCACGCCGCCCCGGGCCGCUGCAUCCGCUUCCGAUCCUGAGUCCGUCAACCAGCUCCUGAGCCACAUCAAGCUCCUACGCCGCCGCCGCGCCGCGGCCCUUGCUGCACUUGAUGUGGGCCUCCACUCCGAGGCCAUCCGCCACUUAACUAAAAUAGUUGACAGCCGCCGCGGUAUGGCCGCGCCGCAGGGAUUCCUGGCUGAGUGCUAUAUGCACCGGGCCUCGGCAUACCGCUCUGCUGGCCGGGUUGCAGAGUCCAUCGCGGACUGCAACAGGACCUUGGCACUCGACCCGACCUGCAUCCAGGCCCUGGAGACCCGAGCCCAGCUCCUGGAGGGAAUCCGGUGCAUCCCUGAUUGCCUCCACGACCUGGAACACCUGAAGCUUCUCUACAACACGAUCCUGCGCGAUCGGAAACUCCCCGGGCCAGCCUGGAAGCGCCACCACGUGCAUUACCGCGAAAUUCCAGGAAAAUUGUGCACACUCGCCACAAAAAUCCAGGAAUUGAAACAAUUGGUGGCAUCUGGCAAGACCGGGAAUGUGGACUACUAUGGGCUGAUUGGGUUGAGACGGGGGUGCUCGCGGUCCGAAUUGGAUCGGGCCCACCUGUUGCUCUCCCUAAAGCACAAGCCCGACAAGGCCGUGGGCUUCAUUGAGCGUUGUGAGUUUGCGGACGAGCGGGACCUCGAGUCCGUCCGGGACCGCUCCAGGAUGUCGGCAUUGUUGCUGUACCGGUUGAUCCAGAAGGGCUACAACAGCAUCCUGUCGUGCAUCCUGGAGGAGGAGGUUGCGGCAGAGAAGCAGCGGAAGCAAGCUGCCACAGCUGCAAUCCAGGCGGCAGCGGCAGUCAAGCUCCAUCAGGCGCAGGAGAGCAACAACCCCGAGGAGCCCAAGGCGAACCAGGCCGCAAUACCGUCCAUAGAAAGUGCGAAUUCCGCCAGCAACAGGAUCCUUUCUGGUGAGAACAAGAAUACCACAGCAACGGCGGGAGCAGGAGCCAACGGGACAGGGUUUCAGGGGGUGUUUUGCCGCGAUCUCGCGGUGGUCAGUAGCUUGUUGACUCAGGUCGGGAUCAAUCGUCCGCUUCCGGUGAAGUAUGAGGCCCUAAGUUGCUGACACAUUUUGCUCCUCCUUUAGCCUCGUUGAGUUUUACGUUCCACAGGGAUUUCUUGACCGGCGCCGAGAAAAGAAGGGGG